GUCCAGGUAUCGACAUGCUUAUAUACCAAUAUUAAUAGAAUGCUAGGGUUAUAAAUUGGAAUGAUUUUUACAAAGUUAGAUUAGUACAUCUGCACUGGAAGUGAUUUAAUGAUAAUGACACUAAUUUUAAAUGUGCGUGUGGAUAUUUCAAACGUAUGAAUGGGACACAAUGUGACAUGGUUGAAAUCGCCAAAACUAUAGACCCAAUAUCAUCGGCCGCUGGAUAAACUGAUAAACGUUAGGUAAAACUUUAUCAAACAUCACUGUCAUCUUUUCAUGAAGAGAGCGAUGGUUCAAAAUCUAGGGACAAUUUUGCAUGAGUCAAACCUACCCCAGUUUCUUCGCUAUUAGUUUUUAAAUAGAAAUUUCUCACGUAGAAAUGAUUUUAUGUAAUCGUCACGUGUGUGUUCACGAUCUCAUAGUCAUAUGAGUGGUGGAUCAGUCAUUGUUACGUUCUGCAUUGGUUACCCAUAAACGCUUAAUUACACAGGUAAGUUAACAUCAUUAUCUUAUUUUCAAAUGUAUCUAUGUUGUUUGCUUUCUUGAAAACAUUAUGCAUUUCUAAUCAGUGAAUUAAGAUAUUACAUUGUUUGCUGCCCGUGAGUUUUGCAGCACUCGCACGAAAACUGUGAAUGUUGGGGUCGAGGCGUUGUAAAAAAAAAAAAAAAGAAAGAAAGAAAGGAAAAAAAAAAAGGAAAUCGGCCAACAACAAUGUUCAGCCCUUCACAUAUACAUGUAUCAUGUAUCAUCCAUGCGUUUUACUGGUCCACAAUAUAGUCAUUAACGCACUUUGCAAUGUAUUAGACAUGGUUUUUUUUAAAGAUACAAACCACUAAACCGUCUAUUUUGAAAGGAUUACAGUAUGUAUAUAACUAUAUAUACAGUUUUUGAACCUAGUUAAAAAGUACAGAUCGUAUGAUUUUUGCAUAUUCUUGUGACCAUAGUCCAUGGAAACUUAAAAUGGUUAUGGUUAUAGACUUGCGGGAUAAUCUGUAAAUGAACACAAAAUCCAGUCGGAUCCCAAGAUGGCAGCUCAUACAAACAGCUAAUAAGACUUUUGUUGAUGCUUCUACUUAGUAAAGAUGCUGGUGUUCCUUUUUGGGUCAGUUAUGAUCGUUUUUCAGAUAAGAGUUCCGUAUAGUGUUUGAACAGGGGUACUCUUAGAGACUUCUAUUUCAAGUGUUGACUUUCCCAGCGCUGCUAGUCAUAAAUCAGUCGAAAGCCAAGAGAAACAGUAUAUUAAGCGGGUCAGCAUUGUCUGAGAAGCAUUCCAUAACAUAAAUUUCCCGAUGCAUUUCUCCAAAGACGGGAAUUCUCUCAACUCAAGGGGAAAACCACGCAGGUAUGUUAAGGUUGAAGCAGUCAUUUGUAUAUCAGUUUAUCAGCACUGUGUGUAAUUUUCAAAGGAGAAUUUGCUCCCACCCCUAGGUCAAAGUUUUUCGGUCCCCCAUACCUGGAUUUUCAAUGAAAAUGUAGCAUCUGGCGGACAUUUCUAUACAGAUAUAAUCUUAUGGGUUAGAAUAUUCUGUUAGAAGCAAUUGCAUUUUUACUGUAAAUUACGAUGUAACCUAAGUUUUCUUUUUUAAAAAGUUAUUUCAUUUGAAAUAGUUGUUUUCUAUAUAUUGUUUUGAACACGUCGUUUUGAUAACUCGAGUAUCAAUCAUGACCCAUUUUCGUCUUUUGAUCAGACAUAAUUUAUCGGGGGUCGGUGUAAACAUUGAUAUGAUAAAAUGUGACCUUUGAUUAAUUCAUGUUAAUGGAUUUUAAGUGUUAUGUUUUUCUAUUAUAGAUAAAGGUGUUUCUUCGGUGUUUUUGAAAAAGAAAAAGAAUUUAUCUAUUUUCAAGUUAUUGGACUACAUAUGUAGAAUCUAUCAAUAUUAUCAUGUAAUGAGAGUAUGGCUACUAGUAAUUCUUGGAUCAAGUAUCCUGAUCUUCACACAUAUCAGUAGAUAGGAGUUUAGAGUACUUUAGACCCCUCCCCUAAAUAAUUAUUUAUUAUUCAUUCACAGGGAGAAAGAAAGAGAGAGAGAGAGUAUUUCAUUUUAGGUCAAUUCUGUAGUGACAUUUGGAUAUGAGCAAAUAACUUUUGCCAAUUUUUGUCAUUAGUGUUUAAUGAAAACAGAUCAGGCAAGUGAUGUUUUUUUUCAAGUACAAUCGAAAGUAAAGAAAUUCAAUAAUUUUCAAAAGAAGACAUUUGUUCCGAAUUGAUUGAAAGGAAAACCAAUGCUCUAAUCAAGCUUGAGGGACCUUCCUUUAAAUUUCUGAGUUCCGUUUAAAUAUCUACGAAAAAUCAAAAGGCAUCUUGAAUCUUUUAUUAUAUUAGACCCGAUGCGUCAGUUUGAAUAAUUUCAGUGUACUUCUGUGUAAGGCUCAUGCACUGUACUUAGGGCAUACUAGUUGGCAAAGUUUAUCGAAUCACCACCACCAAUAUACUCAUACCACCAAUAUACUCAUACCACCACUAUACUCAUACCACCACUAUACUCAUACCACCACUAUACUCAUACCACCACUAUACUCAUACCACCAAUAUACUCAUACCACCACUAUACUCAUACCACCAAUAUACUCAUACCACCACUAUACUCAUACCACCAAUAUACUCAUACCACCAAUACCACCAAUACACAAAAGCAGGAAUUCAGCAUGGGAUUAAUCGGUUUAGAAACAAUCUGGAUUAAUACUUGGUUCAAUCCGGCGUUUACUAAAGGUUUGUCGUCUAAACAAUAACAAUCGACUUUUUAAUUUGUGUUAAACUCUCCAUAUGGUUUUUAAAAUCGCCCAAUGCGUGUCGUGCUGUGAAUUGAUUGCUGGCCUUGUUGAAUGGAAUGGAAAUAUUUUGUGGUUGUCAAGUUCAACAUAAACAGGUUAACUGAUGUCUUGCGCACGAUUCCUUUUAGCUUAUUAAAGAUCUCAAACUGAUGCCAUCAUUCAUUGACAGUUAAAGGCAGACACCUCGUGUAGUGAAUCGGAAGGUAACUUUAUUUUUUGCGAAAAGUGUUAUUUUGCGCCAAAAAUUAAAAAAAAAAAGAAUUCGACAUAAAUUAAAUUUUAUCUAUUUUUUCUGGUUUUAAAUUUCUUUCAAGAAAGUAUGAUAUAAACUUUCGAAGUUCUGUGUUAAUCAUACAGUAUAUUUAAUUUAGCCGUCGGUGUCGUGAUAAUUUGUGAACUUUUAAGUAGUAUUGAUUCCUGUUUAAAUGCUCUGAUUCUUUAUCCAUGCGUUCUCCUAUUCCUCAUGAUGUGGGACUUAUCCAAUAUUGGAAAUUUUUCAGCAUAAUACAUCGAAAAGAAUUAAAUAAACUAACGGAUUUUCAGUUCUAUGGGUAAUUCUCUGCUUCCUUAGAAAAGCGCAGUCCCAAGUGUGCUUCCGAAGGUGAAAGGGGUAUCAAGACACAGUUUAAAAUACAUCGACAUUUAUCUCUUUUUCUUAUAGUGAGAUGGAGGUGCCGCCACGCCGCUGGGAUUGUGAAAAGGUGGGGCAAUGGUUAACGGACAAUGGCUUCCAAAAAUACCGGCAGGUAUUCGAGGAGAGGAAGAUCGACGGAGAGACCCUCUGCGGAUUGACGGAGAACUCUCUAAAGGGGGAACCCUUUAACAUAACUGUGCCUAGUGAUGUUCAAAUUCUCAGUGCCAGCAUUCAGCGACUGAAGAAAGACGUUGAUGCAAUAGUUAUCAACAACAUUCAGUUUCAGAAACUCUUCCCUUACAAGGCCCACGAGGCGCUAGAAAUGGAGGAUUCGGAGAACAGUUUCGACAGCGACCGAGAACUCUUAAGUAAAACUGAUGACAACCAAAACAAUGUAUUCUAUAAGCGAUUUCAUUCAGACCUACGCAAAGCAGUGCUGGCGGUUCUGUACGGCAUGUUAAGCCAUUUCAUGACUUCUGUCGCCAUUGUGAACGCUCAGGAGAAACUUCCGGACAAGAAACGUUAUCCGCCACUUCCGGACAUCUAUCUGGAUAAUUUCGCCGUCAUUCCAUGGGCCUAUAAGGUCUCCGAGAGCGUAAUCAUUAGUCUGUUAGUGCUCUUAGGAUUGAUCUUCGUCUUCCAUAAACACAGAUUGGUGGUCCUCCGCCGCACUGUAGUCAUUGCUGGUAGUAUAUAUCUCCUACGCUGUGUAUGUGUGUCUGUCACGAACCUUCCCAUGCCGGAACAGCAUUAUGACUGUGACAGAAUGGUGUUCCAAGACUCCUGGAGUAAGAUGAGAAGAAUUAUGGAGGUGUAUUCAGGCAUGGGCAUGAAGAUGGGAGGGAUGAAAACCUGUGGUGAUUACAUGUUUAGCGGCCAUACCAUCACCAUCACCACGGCAACCCUUAUCGCCAUUGAAUAUACCCCUAGACGAUACCGUCUCCUCCACGUGGCCCUGUGGUUGUACUGCUUCUCCGGGAUGUGGGCCAUUCUCGCCUCCCACGGACACUACACGCUAGAUGUCGUGGUAUCUUUCUACAUUACGUCACGGAUCUUCAUGUACUACCAGACCUUCGCCUCUAAUCUUUCACUAAUGAGGAGAGACCGGAAGCGGAUGAGACUCUGGUUUCCGGUCUUUUAUUUUUUCGAAAAGGACACGUGCGGAACGAUUAAAAACGAGUAUGAGUGUCCGAUACCUAGUUUUGAAUCCAUUAGAAAUUUCAUCAAGGAAAACCGGGUAGACUUCUGUUUGAAACAAUACACGUCAUUUCGUCAUUCCUGAUGUUUCUCAGGGGAAAAAACGUUUAAAAAAUAUUUAUUAUUAAUUUUGUGAUUCAACAACGACCUCAAAGAACGAUGCCAAUCAAUGCAGUUUGUCAGUGUGUAUGUGUGUGUGAGUUCACUAUGCAAUAAACCCAUAUUUUCUUAUUUAAUAUUUAUUAUACAGUGUCAAUACUGUUAUGCAUUUGUUUUUCAAACACGUUUUUUGUGUUCUACAACAUUUUCAAUGUAAUAUCCAUUAAAUAGUGAAAAGUUAA